UUGACCGUGUUCAGACCCAGUAAUACAGGCUCUGCUAGCUAUUGCCAACUGUGACUCGCCAAGUGAUUUGCUUCACUAGUUCGGUUUCCCACUCCUAAUUCCCGAAAAUAAGUUAAUCCUCUUGAUUGUAGCCAGAGUAAUUUUACGAACAUGCUGGUAUUAUUUUCGAUUCUAGUAACACACAUCUUGUGGUGUGAAGUUAAAUGUUGCAGUUAUGAGAGUAAUGUUGCUCUUCGAACUGAUAAAGUGUAUGAAUUCAAAACUAUUAACGAGUUCGGCGUAGACCCAGGCACGUCAUACACCUGCGUAUUCCAAGGCUUUGCCCCCUUCGGCCAAAAAGUUUCCGUGCUGUGCCACCCCCUGUCCAUCAUGUACGACCGCAACUGCAGAUACGCAAAGUUCCUGUAUUCACCUUCCGGGGAUACCAACUACGCCGAUGCCGUGACUUAUUGUGGCUACACUCAGGCGCUGAACUUUACGACGCUCACUAACAGAGUAGCGCUGAAAUUCAUCAACACGGUCCCUGAGGAUGUCCCUCUGCCAGGAUACGUUUGUUACGUAGGCACUCCGCCUCCCACUCUCGUCAAAACUACUUCAACGAGAAAGACUCCAACGACUGUUACUUCCACUAAAGUAAGCAACUGUGACUGUGGAUUCGAGAAUCCAGGGCCAAGAGUGGUAGGUGGUGGUAUUGCAUCGACGGCUGAAUAUCCUUGGAUGGUUGGCAUCCAUAAUAAAGGAAUAAACGAAUCUUUUUGCGGAGGAAGCCUCAUCUCCCAUCAGUGGGUGCUGACAGCCGGGCACUGCAUGGUUGUAACACCCGAGAACAUAGAGGUGGUGCUGGGUACAAAUCUGUUUGCGUCAAACCUGCAGUCCGGUAGAAUAGUAAAGGUAUCUCGGGUAAUUAUCUAUCCUUAUUAUAGACAUUUGAAGGAUUAUUCGAUUGAUGACGUUGCCUUGCUGAAGUUGGCGGACCGAGUGACGUAUUCGAACAGAAUUUCACCGGUGUGUUUGCCCUUCAAUAUGCGGCACUCAGACUACGAAGGAAGUUCUGGAACUGUAACGGGGUGGGGCCGUGUUGGUGAACUAAAAGAUGCAUCUGCAAUUCUAAAGGAAGCUGAUCUUCGCAUCAUGAGCUAUGAAGAGUGUAUCGUAUACUACCGCGGCAUGUCGCUUUUUAAAAUCACAAAUAAUAUGUUUUGCACAGCGAGGCCUUCACAGGGCGUGUGUAAAGGCGAUUCAGGUGGCCCGCUAACCGUCCAGUAUAAAGGGCGUCACAUCCAGCUGGGGAUUGUUUCCUGGGGCUUCCCGCCGUGUGCAGACCCUUUGAACCCCGGAGUCUAUACUAAAGUUUCUAAUUUCCUUCCAUGGAUUGAAGACAACACGAAAGAGACCUUCUGCCGCGUGAAUUCAAAUACUCUUGAUUGUAUCCAGAAUUAUUUUACGAAAAUGCAGGUAAUAUUUGCGAUUAUAGUAACACUCGCCUUGUGGUGUGAAGUGAAAUGUUGUAGUUAUAAUGAGAGUAAUAUUGCUCUUCAAACUAAUAAAGUGUACGAAUUCUUGACUAUAAAUGAAGUCGGCACAGACCCAGGCACGUCAUACACCUGCGUAUUCCAAGGCUUUGCCCCCUUUGGCCAGAAAAUUUCAGUGCUGUGCCACCCCCUGACCAUCAUGUACGACCGCGACUGCAGAUACGCUAAGUUCCUGUAUUCGCCUUCCGGGAAUACCGACUACGCCGAUGCCGUGACUUAUUGUGGCUACCGUCAGUCGCUGAAUUUCACGACGAUGGCUAACCGAGUAGCGCUGAAAUUCGUCCACACAGUCCCCAAGGAUGUGGUUCUGCCAGGAUACAUUUGUUACAUAGGCACUCCGCCUCCUACUCUCGUUAGAACUACUGCAACGAUAAGGACUCCGACGACUGUUACUUCCACCCAAGCCAAGCUUCGCCCAACUGCCCCCUCCGUAAGCAACUGUGACUGUGGAUUAGAGAAUCCAGGGCCAAGAGUAGUUGGAGGUGGCGCUGCUUCGACGGCUGAAUAUCCUUGGAUGGUUGGCAUCGUUAAUAGAGGAAUCGACGUUCCUUUUUGUGGAGGAAGUCUGAUUUCCAAUCAGUGGGUGCUGACGGCCGCGCACUGCAUGAAAGAUGAAGCACUGGAGGACGUUGAGUUAGUGCUGGGUACAAAUACGUUUGGGCUAGACGGAAAGUCCGGCAGAAGAGUAAAGAUAUCUCUGGUAAUUAGCCAUCCUUAUUAUAACGUUAUUCAUGAUAACGACAUUGCCUUGUUGAAGUUGGCUGCCCGAGUGACGUAUUCAAACGGAAUUUCUCCUGUGUGUCUACCUUUCAAUUUGCGGCACUCGGACUACGAAGGUACUUAUGGAACUGUAACGGGGUGGGGCAGUGCUAAUGUACAAGGAGACUGGUCUAAAGUUCUAAAGGAAGUUGAUCUCCGAAUCAUAAAUUUUGAAGAGUGCACUGUUUACUACCGCGGCGAGAAACUGCUGAGCGUCACUAACAAUAUGUUCUGUACGUUGAGAACUGAUGGUCAAUCCGGGUGCGACGGAGAUUCGGGAGGUCCGUUGACAGUGCAGUCUAAGGGACGUCACAUACAGCUGGGGAUCGUAUCCUGGGGCCUCCAACUGUGUACAGAUCCAUUACACCCCGGAGUCUAUACGAAAGUUACUAAUUACCUUCAAUGGAUUGAAUAUAACACGAGAGAGACCUUCUGCCGCCUGAAUUAAUAUCUCGCGGUAAAUUUUAAAUUUCUGAUGUUGGGUAAAAAUUAGAAGUUGUGCAGGUUAUGUUUUGUUAAUACUGAUGUGGAGCUUCUGGGAUGAUUGUGUAGAAACUAAGCAAAAUAUGAUUAGGAUUUCCAUUUGUUAAGCGUUAAUAAUUGAGCACUGAAAUAUGAAUGUAUGUAGCAUUUUUGAACUCAAAGCAUUAACGUAAUCACCGUAAUUUUCUUACCUAGUAAAUAUUAAGCAAAUUAUUCCCCGAUUGCAUGCGAGAAACAGACCGAUUAUUAAGCCUCCCCGCCGUAAAUAUUAUUAUAUUGAAUUAUGAACAGAUGCAAAUCGUGCAAAAAUAUUGAUGUAAACGGACUUGAAAAUGGAUACCAGGGUUGAAAUUUUAUUAUGGUUAUUAAAAUUCUUGUUUCGAAUGAUGGUCAAUAUAAUUUGCGGCAAUCAAUAAUGCACUUAGAAUGGCGUUAUAAUUCAUUUUUAGGACAAACGACAAUUGCCCAAUAUUCGGAAAAUGUGUCGGAUAUGAAUGAAUGAAACAAAAAUGUACGUCAGGCUCGAAUGAAAGUAUUUAUAAAACCGCUCAUGUGAUCAGUAUUCGUUCGCAAAUAAAUUUUCGUGUACUAAUGCGGGUAAAACUGGACAGGUAGCAAUGAUUGGAUAUAACGUGUCCGUGGCAACUGGCAUAACCUCGUCCGUUACAGAUGCAGUGCGUAGAGAAGAUUUUGGUUUAUGGAACAAAUGUACGUAAUAACGUCAAGCUGGAAUAAAAUCGGACAUUCAAGGUCCGAAAAACGGGAAUAUUAAUCAUAAACUGGUUCUCCUGAUCUACAGUAUUCAAUAUAUAAGGAUUGAAGAAUCUUGUUGAAUAUUGUUUCGUCUGUUCCAGAGGAUAUCUGUUCCUAGAUAUAAAUAAAAAACAUGCGGCCUAUUUGGCAUUAAGCGUCACUUUUGUGCCUAUCAACCUCUUAAUUAUUUAGCAUUAAGUUUUGUUGUCGGCUCAGUCCCACUACAGAGUUUUGAAGAUAUAAUUUUUACCUUUUCUCAAUAGAUAUUUAAUUGAAUCCUCUUUGAAUAUCCCAAUAUGAGUACUCCUGUAUUUUGUAAUUGUAAAUAAAAAUGGCCAUUUUAUAGCUAUAGUUUUUUGACUAGAUUCGCAUUCACUGGUCAUGAAUGUAUGGGAUGGCAAUUGUUGAAUGUUCCAUGCAAUUUAAGAAUUUUUUAUGCCUAUGCAAAAAUUAUUAAUAAAGCUUAUAUAGUGAAACGAGA